AUGCCUAUGCCGUGGCAGAAAUCGCAGACGACAUCUUCGGGUGGUCGUGUGACCACUUCAACAUCUGCAAAAUCGAGAAGAUUGAGGAUAUUCCUAAGCUAUGCUCCUGAUUGGGCAUUAACGAUCAUCCUAUGGGGAGUAUUCUAUCUCCUAGAUAAAAUCAAUGGAUAUAGAAGGUUGUUUGAUAUAACGGAUACUUCUUUGGCACAUCCUUAUGCUGAUCCUGAAAGAGUCCCAGUAUGGUUAUUGGCCGUUUUAUGUGGUGUAGUUCCAGCUGUUAUCAUCAUCGCAGUAGCUGCGUUUAGAAGAUCGUUUUGGGAUGCCCAGUCGGCUUUGUUAGGAUUGAUACUAGGAUUGGGGUUGACGGCAACUUUCACCAACAUCGUGAAGAUUACGGUCGGCCGACCUCGUCCAGACAUAUUCGCAAGGUGUAUGCUGCCCGAAGACUUGACGGAAAACCCUGUGCAUGGACUCACUUCAUGGACAGUAUGUACUCAGCCUGAUGACUCGAUGUUGAAAGAAGGGUUCAGGAGCUUUCCUAGUGGUCAUAGUAGUUUCGCUUGGUCUGGAAUGUGGUAUUUGAUACUCUAUCUAGCUGCCAAGAUGAGAAUCAGUAAUCGAUCAGGAUACACAUACAAAUCGUGGCUUCUCCUGGCUCCUCUGUCAUGCUGUUCAUUGAUCACCAUAUCAAGAACAAUGGAUUAUAGGCAUCACGCUACUGACGUGAUCGCUGGAAGCAUAAUUGGAAUUAUAGGAGGCUGGUACGCAUACAGACAAUACUAUCCUCCCAUCGGCCAUCCCCAAUCAUAUAAACCAUAUUCACCUAGAAUACCCAAAGAUGAGGAAAUCCCCUUGCAUCAUCGACACGAUCGAUCCAGUACAGAGGGUAUGCUCAAAUCCACUACCAAACCUGAUACGCAUCAUCACCCAAGUGGAAGUUCAGGUGGGAGUGCGACCAUGACAGGUCAACCAUUAGGCACCGAAAACCGAUAUCGUCCGGGAGGGGAAUGGACAUCUGUCAACGUAGGUGAUAGACAGCGAUAUCAGAAUGGAGCCGGUAAUAAGGUCGCAGGGAGCGGAGAUGACUAUGGAGAAGCGCAAGAAACCGUCGAAAGACCAGAUGAUACGACCGCUUAG